AUGACAAAAUGGGAGGCAGACUCGACGCAGACAAAUCCAUUCAAUGUGACAUCCAAGGUCGAAUCACUCCAAGACAUACGUGCCCGCUUGAAAAACCUCACUACCACUCCCAUUCAUCCCCUCCGCUCUGUCCCAGACGCCGACCUUGACAUCCACGACGACCUUCAUGCUGCCGACUUCAUCGCCAUGGGUUUGACCCUCGAGGAGCAACGACAGGCUUUGGCCAGUGAUGCGGCAAGUCUAGGACUCCACGCAACCGCGUUACAGAAGUCUUCGAUAAACGAGAGGGAGGCAAAGCUCCAACGCAAGUUUGUGAGCUGGUUCGACACGCAGACAGGCUUCGCACCCGAAAUAACCGCUUUGCGCGCAGCGGAGGAAUCUCUCCAAGCCCACAGCGGCCAAAUCCAGACCACCCGCGGCUCAGCUCUGUACCGCCUCCAAUUGCUGCUCCCCUCCGAGGUCCUUUCGCGUCCCAAUUGUCCCCCACGCCAGACUCAUGCGCUGUACGAGUUCCAUUUGCGGCAUGGUCGUGCUCUACAUCUGCUGGAGGAGCUGCGACGCUUGCUUUUGGUGCGGACACAAAAGUACAAGGCCAAGGAUAAGCACGCAAGCGGCGUUGCUGCCCAUACUCGAGCCGGAAAGGCCAUCCAAGCGGUAGAUGAGAGGAUCAGGCGCGUUGCCGACGAGUAUCGGCGAAUGCGAGCCGCGAUGAUGAGCUUGAGUGAGGUAGUGGGCGAGCGGGGAUGGAUAACUGUUCUCAAGGACCUCCAGUCAACGGACGUAAGAGCUAUGCCUCGCGCUCUGUUCUCCGACCCUGAACGACAUAAACGAAAGCGCAACGAUGAUACCCCGAAGGAGAUGUCGUGGAUUUGGAGGAUGGGUGUGGGCUCACUUCCAGCAGAGCUCGCUAUCGAUUCGCUUAGUGCCGGAGCAGCCUCCAGUGAGGAAGCAGCCAUAGCGGCCACCAACGAAAGCCUGCGCGUGGAAUGGGCAAAGGCUCGGGCUCGGGCAAAGCGAUGGGCCGAAGAGGUGGAAUUGCUGCAGGAAGAGAUGAGACGAGUGCUGGAGUUCUGCUCAUGGCGGGCUGGGCGGUGGGGGGAACUGCGGAAUGGUCGUCAAGGGGUCGAUCCAUCUUUGAUGUCCGCGCGUCGUGCUCAGUUCGAGGGCAAUUGGAAAGACAUCCCUGCAUUCGUGGACAUGGGUUUACAUCAGGUCGCGGACAUUCAUCGCUCCUCCUCUGCCUCUCGAGAGACGUUGUCUCUGAAUGUGGACGAUGAUGCAGCCUUCCGCCCCGUUCCAGACCGCUCCAGCCUGUGA